AGCAGAACUACCGCAGACUUUCGGUCAUGUCUGAACAAGAAACUGUCCAGCUUUCUCCUCAAGACUCUGGACGCAAUUUGCAACUACACGGCCCCCCGUGGGGUUUAGAGAAAAUCUACGACUACGAAACUGGCGGUCACCAUCCGAUCCAUCUCGGUGAUCGACUGGGCAAUGACGGGAAAUACCGUGUGAUUCACAAGCUGGGCAGUGGCGGGUUUGCAAAUGUCUGGUUGUGUCAGGCUCUCGAUCCAACGCCAAAAUAUGUAGCGUUGAAGAUUAUCAUGGCUGAUUUCUCAGGUGAUAACUGUCCUGAGUUGAAAGUUAAUAAAGUGAGACAGCUGAACAUUUGCAAUGAUUCAAUAUGCCUGCCACUAGACCAGUUCAAAAUAACUGGGCCGAAUGGAGAGCAUUGGUGUUUUGUUUACCCUCUGGCUGGACCGGCGGUUUCUUCCAUCAACCAUAUAUUUGAGGAUCAUGACAAAACGUUGCGGAGGAUUGCUCUCCACACUGUUGAGGCUAUGGCUUCAUUACACGAACAUGGUAUUUGCCAUGGAGAUUUCACCCCCCACAACGUACUGCUCCGGGUAACCGGUCUCGACGGCCUGUCUGAGGAAGAAGUCAUCAAGAUAUUAGGUGAACCGAAAACAUUUAAAGUCACUACCUGCGCUGGGGAGAUCCCACCGGAGACAGCAGCCAAAUAUCUUGUUAUUCCUGUCGAAUUUGAACACGUGGAUGUUUCAUUCCUUCGUGAUGAGGUCUAUGUUAUCGACUUUGGUGAAUCUUUUAGUAUAUCAGAUUCACCAGAGUUGGGAACUCCGAAGAGCUACUCUGCGCCUGAGAUUUUACUGGGUGAAAAGCCAGGCCCUGGGAGUGAUAUCUGGGCCCUUGCAUGUACACUGUUCAGCAUUCGAACUGGAAGGAAGCUAUUUACUAUGUUUGACGAUGAUGCUGAUGAAUAUCUUUAUUUCAUGGCUCUAUUCUUCGGGAUUAUGCCAGAACCAUGGUGGUCAACGACCUGGGAGCACCGCCGGAGAUGUUUUGAAGAUGAGCCUGACUCAGAGGGACGUCCUGUUAUAAAGGGUUCCACUGACGAGGCCCGGGGGUUUGAAAAGCGGGUUGAAGCUGGGUUUGAGUAUGAAGUACAGUCCGGUGGAAAAUUUGAAACAGUACAUCGUGACAUUCCGCCAGAGGAAGUGAUGCUGUUUGUUGACCUUUUGAUGAAGUUGUUCCGGUUUAAACCUGAGGAACGGCUAUCUGCCAGAGAUGCACAGGACCAUGAAUGGUUUGAUCUGGGGAUAUAGACAUG